ACAUCUGGAAUUGCAAGAUUAUCGGCUAUUAAUUGAUAACCUGAUACUACAAGAUUCAUUCUCUCAAAUAAUGUCUUCAAACGAUUCGACUCCGUCCCCCCUGGGUCGUUACCGGCAAUUGGCGCCCACUGCUUCUGUCCGCGUGUCCCCCUUAUGCCUUGGGGCAAUGACUCUCGGGCGAGCGCACUCGGAACGUUACGGUGAAGUCUCCAAGGAAACCGCUUUUGAGAUUCUCGAUCACUUCUACGAAAAUGGCGGGAAUUUCAUUGACACUGCGAAUGUAUAUCGCGACGGAGAGUCCGAACAAUGGUUGGGCGAAUGGAUGGCGGCUCGCGGGAAUCGUGACGAGAUUGUUCUGGCAACCAAAUACUCCAACCUUUGUCAAUUCGACCCAGCUCCCAAGAUAUCGACCAACACAGCAGGCAAUGGAACCAAAUCCAUGCGACAGUCCCUUGAGGCAUCCCUUCGUCGGCUACAAACCAGCUACGUUGAUAUUCUUUAUGUCCAUUACUGGGAUUAUGCCACGUCCAUUGCAGAGUUGAUGCAUGGUUUGAAUGACUUGGUCGUCGCCGGGAAAGUGCAUUACCUGGGAAUCUCAGAUACCCCCGCGUGGAUCGUCACCAAGGCAAAUCAGUACGCGCGCGAUCACGGUCUGCGUCCUUUCGUGGUUUACCAGGGCAUGUGGAAUGCAGCUAUGCGGGAUUUCGAACGCGAUAUUCUGCCAAUGUGCUUAGAGGAAGGCAUGGCUCUUUGUCCUUAUGGCACCUUAAACCAGGGUCGGUUUCAGACCGAGGCAGGUUUUCGAGAACGAGAGAAGCACAACCCGGGUCGCAACUUUAUUCCGACCUCGGAUCGCGAUAAGCAAGUCUCGAAGGUCUUGGAGCAGGUUGCUUGUUCGCGGGGUGUGGAUAUCCCCCAGAUCGCCCUCUCCUACAUAAUUCACAAGGCACCUUACGUCUUCCCGAUUGUAGGAGCUCGGAAGGUCGAUCACCUACAGGGAAGCAUCAAUGGUCUAAGGGUCCAGCUGUCUGAGCAGGAGGUUGAGCACAUCGAAUCUGCUUACGAAUUCGAUCACGGAUUUCCUCAUACCUUCCUUAGCGGUACCAUGUUUGAUCAUUCUCGGCCCCGAACAGCCUAUCAUGCGAAGGAUGUGAGUAUGAAUGCACAAUUUGGACCUAUGGACUGGGUCGACUCUCCUAGGCCUAUUGGAAUACUGGGAAGUGCGGAAUCUCGUUAGGUGUGUCCUUGGAAGAUCGCGAUUGAGAUACUUUGUGUCGAGGAAUAACUACGAUUGCCUGAUUUAAGAACAUCAAGCUGCUAUUACUUCAAUAUCUCAGAUGAAAUCAAGUACUAUAUUUUUGUAUCACAAGC